GGUACGGACGCGCGCGCGCUGGGGGAUCCGAUGACGUCACGGGCCAAACACACACAAACACACACACGCUCACGCACAUACACGACUGACGCACGCGCGCUCGCAGCUUCACGCCGUAGCUUUUAUAUUCUCCUGCGCUCGCGCUCUCCCUCCCUCUCUCUUUUCUGUAGCCGUUUUUUUCUAUUCUGGGAAGCGGUGCUAGGAAUAACCCAGUCUAUUCCCCCACUCUAUCCAGGCUCCUUCUCUGGCCUCGAGCAGGAAGCAAAAAAAAAAAACAACAACAAAACUCCCGACACGAACCGGACUGUUUACCCUCAACACACGUUAACGUUCCUGGAACGGCAGCGCGAGACGUCUUUAUGUGCAUCACCUGUCCGACUUUCCACUCGCGUUUUCAUCAACCCGAGACUCUGUCACUCUUCACAUCUGUCCCACCGGGGUAAGGAAGGGCUAACAGCUCGGACUGACAUUCCUCGGGAUGUUGCGGACGUUCUGGGACGCUCCAUAAAAGAAAAUCCUGAUCACGGGUGUGUUAGGAGCGUGUUUGCCUGGAUAAACUCGCGAGACAACUCAGAGAAGAAGUCAAAGUGGUCCGUCUCGUCUCAGCACCCUGGCUAAAGGAUCCUUUCUGGCCUUUCUGGUUCCUCCACGUCACCUCUUCUCCCAGCGCUCUUUGGAUUAACUAAGGAAGACUUGAAGAGAAGAGAAGUUCAACGUGGAUGAAACUAAAAGACUUAAUGAACAUUACCAUGCCAAAAGAAUAAUUGAUGGAAAGAGGUUUGGCUGCUGGUUAGAAAAAAGGAAAUGGAGGACCUUUUGUUUAAGUGUCAUUGUUAGUAAAUCACCUGGCAUGACUAUAUAUUUGGAUGUGGUUUAAUCGACAGUACCUUGAGAAACCCAACAGAAACACAGAAUAAUGGAGCCACAUGGAUCAGCUGCUGGACAAAAAUGCAGCAAGGAACCACGUGAGAAAAACUCUUUACAAAGAAAGUGGGUCUCUGAGCCCUGUGCUGGUACAAAAGAGAGCACUUAUGCGGAAAGUUUGCAAAGCGGUAUCAGUGGGACGGUUAUUGCAGCUUCUGGAAAGCUGUUGUUAGGAAGUGCAGACUCUCAGACAUCUGCAGAAAGUCAGUUCUUUCCCAGGUCUUAUUCCUAUCAGCUACAGCAUUCAUACCCACAGCAGCCCAUGCAGAAGCCUUUCCUCGCCGGUACAAAGUCACAACCGGGUCUGGAGCCCCACGCUUGGCCUUUCCCAGGCAAACUGCAGUCUCUGCCACAAGACGAUAUGUUUUCUGUGCACUCGCGUUCUCAUGGAGCUUUCCCUCGUCAGAAGUCACCAAGUUUACCUAGUGCUUUUUGCCAGUAUUCACAGUCAAGCUCUGAGCAGAAAGAGGAAGGACAUAAGAAGGAACAGAAACCCAAGAAGCCAGGCAAGUACAUUUGCCAGUAUUGUGGAAGGGCAUGUGCUAAGCCAAGUGUGCUCAAAAAACACAUACGAUCACACACAGGGGAACGACCCUAUCCAUGUGAACCCUGUGGCUUUUCAUUCAAAACCAAGAGCAAUUUAUAUAAGCAUAGAAAGUCUCAUGCACAUGCUAUUAAAGCAGGACUAGUUCCCUUCUCUGAGCUGGCAACUCGCACCGAUAUUGAUCAAGCAUCUUCAGUUGGUGAAACCGAGGUACAAUCUGAUGCCGAUCAAAGUACUGACACUGAUGAAGAAACUGCAGAAGGGCCCACGUACCUGGAAAAAAGUAGCUCCAUACCCCAAAUCUCAUUUGACUCUGACAAAAGCACUUUAGAUAAAGGCGGUGAGCCAGCAUACGCAGACUCGGCGGAAGAGAUGGCUGUGGCAUCCAUGAAAGUGCCUAUUUUAAUUGUCCCUAAACAGGGGCUUACGUCAACAACCAUAGAGUGUACCCCAUUCACAGAAAUUCGGGGCUCCAAUAUGCGAGGAAUGGUCCAGGGAGAUGACUCACAUACUGUCAAACAGAGACUUGCCUUACGACUGACCGAUAAAAAAGGCCAGGACACAGACCAGUCUCUGAAUCUCUUGAGUCCACACAGUAAAGGAAGCACGGAUUCUGGAUAUUUCUCUCGAUCGGAGAGUGCUGAACAGCAGAUUAGUCCACCUAACACCAAUGCAAAGACAUAUGAGGAAAUUAUGUUUGGAAGAUCUUGGUAUUACAGACCCAUCUCCAGAUCUAGACACCCGAUUGCAAUUGGAAUGGCUACCACAGGUAGUCCUGACCCACAAAACAAAUCUGGCAUGAUAGAAAUGGACAUGGGAAAGAUCUCAGAGGAUCGCAUAUUUUUCAGAGAAACUUUUCCUGAACCACAAAUAAUUGCGGCAGGUGAGCCAAAGCAGUAUCCUCGAGGCUCUCUCCUGGAAGCUCCUACUGAGACAGGCCCCCUUUUAAGAAGUAACUCAAUGCCAACACCAUCCCCUACCAAUCUUAACGUUCCAUCAGCUCUGAGAGUCAGUCAGUCCUUUGAUGAAAUGAUGUCUCCAGAUGAUGUAUUUUAUCCAGGGGCAGCUGGUCUGAGGAGGCUCAGGAGACAGGCUGCUUUUGAGCAUGGGGAAUCUGACUAUGGCAAGAUGGGAGGUCCAUUCACAACAAUGAAGAUGGGGGAGAGAGAACAGAUGAUGUCCGAGUUCAAAGGCUCAGGAUCAGAACUCGCUUGUCCUGACAUGCGCAGAAUGGUCGGAGUGUCAGAGAUGACCACAAGAAAACGUCGUAAGGAAAAGAGCGUUGGUGAUGAGGAGGAUUGCCCUGGGCAGUACGACGACAUGAAAAAUGUCUCACUUGAAUCCGGGGACUAUGAUCUAAAACAAGGAGGUCAUGAAACUCCAGUGGCUGCCCACACAGGUAGAGGAUCUAUGUAUAGUGGCUACAGCUCAUUGGACAGUUUUGAUAAAGUCAGUGGUAUGUGUCAAGAGGACGUUGUGCUUGUUCAAGAUACAGACCGAAAGGCUGCUGUCAAUGUAAUAUCUGUUAUUCAGCAUACUAACUUGCUUAGCAGGCCAAAUUCAUUUGAAAAGACUGAGUCCAUUGAACAUCCAUCUUAUCAGCCAGAAAAGCCUGUUGGUCAACUGUCCGAGCAGUCUGACCCUGAGAACAUUGAUGAUGUGCAGAGCCCUGACUCUCUUCUGAAAUCUGAGAGCAUGGAGCAUCAGCAAAGUGACAGUGAAUUAGCAUCCAUUUCACAUAGUCAGCAAUAUCAUAUGACCCACAAACUCGUACGGCAACCCAACAUUCAGGUCCCCGAAAUUAGAGUCACUGAAGAACCAGAUAAACCAGAAAAAGAACCAGAGGUGCCAGCUAAAGAACCAGAGAAGCAUAUGGAGGAAUUCCAGUGGCCACAGAGGAGUGAGACUCUUUCCCAACUCCCAGCAGAAAAAUUGCCCCCAAAGAAAAAACGUUUGCGACUUGCAGACAUAGAGCACUCAUCUGGGGAGUCAAGCUUUGAGUCCACCUGUACCAGUCUGUCAAGGAGUCCAAGUCAAGAGAGUAACCUGUCCUCAAGCUUCUCAGUGUCAUUUGAUAGGGAGGAAAGCAUGAAGUCAGUUUCACCAACCAAGCAAGAUGAUUUCAGCAAACAGUCAGAAUUUCUAACUGUACCAGGGAGUGGUCAUUCUCUGUCAAUACCGGGGCAUCACAAGGAGAUGCGUCGCUCCUCAUCAGAACAGUCACCGUGUGGUUUACCUACUGAGGUGCCAGAAAUUCGUAGCAAAUCAUUUGAUUAUGGAAGUCUGUCAACUAAUUCAAGACAAGGGGAGUUAUAUGCCAGUGCAUCAUCCAUGAAGGAACGUAGACGUGGAUAUCUGGUUAGACAGGCAUCGCUGAGUGUCUAUCCUGAAGUUGUACCUCAAGAGCAAUGCUCCGAGUUAAACAUUAAACAAGAGCUCUCUGACCCCCAUGCUUUACCGUCUUCAUGGCAAGGCUCUUCAUCCCUAACAGCUUCACCCCACCAUGUCGCUGGAAGUGAUCUAGUAAGGCAGAAAAGAGGAUCGUAUCACUUGCUACAGCAGAGCAUCAGUGAAGACAGCCAAUCAGACGACCUGCAAAAGUCACCACGCUUGCCAGGCCAACUGUCAACCGACAGCGAGGCUUCGGUACAUGAGCAAAUGGGCCAGGAUGUAAUGCAACACUCCUUACAUCCAAGUAGCUUAUCAUCACAGUUUUUUCAGACAGUGGUCUGGUAUACUGACCCAACACGACCCAGGCAGCAGGGCAUCCAUCAGUUGCAGAAAUUACAUAUCCGACCACCAAACCCACAGUCUAAUUCACAGAAAUCACACCAGCCUCUUCAUCAAAUACAGGUGCAUAAUGAUUCAAAUACUGAUGGGGCGAGUCAAACUUAUCCUUAUGUCUCAAGAGCUUCUCCACAAACUAUUGGCAACUCAUCGAAAAUGCUCAGUUCAAGCUCAGUUUUCUUGCAGCAAGUUCAGCCAGGCUUUACUCAAACUGUAGGCUCACAGUCGUCACUUCCUGGGAUGCUAGUUCCUGUUAGAAUUCAAACAAACGUGCCAUCAUUUGGUAGUGUUAUGUACACAAGUGUUUCACAAAUUCUUGCUACUCAUGCUCAGAGUACUACAUCUCACAGAUUAAUAGGCUCAGACAAUACAUCUACUAGUUCACUGACGGGCAUAUCUUCAAAACACCCAAUAGGGUUCAAUUUAUCCAAAAUAUUAGGUCAUCCCGAAGGUUCUUUGCAUUAUCCACUUUGGAAAGUUCCUGAACCGUUACCUGGAAGGCUGAAUACUGGCAUACCAUUGUCCUUGACAUCAGGAACUAUUUCAACUACUGAUGCCUCCUCAAGUAUCGGGGGAAGUAAGAGAAUGCUGUCACCAGCCAGUAGUCUUGAACUUUUUAUUGGAACCAAGCAACAGAAACGGAUUAAGGAGGAAAAGAUGUACGGUCAAAUAGUGAAAGAGCUAAGUGCAGUUGAGCUAAGCAAUUCCAGUGCACCAAAUGAUGGAGACACAUCCCCACAGCCUGAUGUUUUAAAGAGAGAUGACUUAGGGGAUGAUCUGGAAAGGAUGUCCUCAUCUCCACCAGCUACUUACCCAUCAUCUAUAUUCUCCUCUGUGUCUGAUGUGCCACACAAGGAAAGCUUUACUCCACCUCUACAGAUUGUCAUGAACUCUUCUAAGAGAGCAGAGUCCCCAGAGGAGCUUGACGUAGACAAACCCACUCCAGAGGUCACCUCAGGUCCACAAUCAAUGAUCUCUUCCAGUGACACUCAGGAUGAACUGAAGCAGACCAAGAUCCCAGUAAACAUGCUGGUGCAACUUGCUGCCAGUCAGGGUGGUGCUGCAUGUGGGAACACUCUCCUGCUCACUGAUCUAGCAGACGUUGAUCAGUUCUUUCAGUUUCCUAGUCUACGUACGACAACAAGUGUUAGCUGGUGCUACCUAAAUUACACCAAGCCAAACUACGCUCAGACAACUCCCAUAACCUCUGUUUAUGGCUCUUGGUGUGUCAGCUCCUAUAACCCAAACCCACUCAGCCUCAGCACCAAGGCAACCCUGGCAUUACUUUGCUCCAAACAGAGGAGGAACACAGAAACUUACACAAUGGCUGCUAUGUAUCAGCCGGGGACUGGAAAACUUGUCUCAUCCCUGUUGUGGAAGCAGAAGUUUGAGCAGAUGAAGCCAGAACUCAUGAAGCUGGAUAUUGGCAAGUUGGGAAAGAAAAUUAAAGGAGUAAUCUCAAGGGACAGAGUGAAAGAGGACCAUGGAGAGAAGGAGAUUUCAUCAAAGCAGGCUGAACCCACACGCAUUAAAAUCUUUGAAGGAGGGUACAAAUCCAAUGAGGACUAUGUUUACGUGCGGGGCCGAGGUCGGGGAAAAUACAUCUGUGAAGAGUGUGGUAUCCGCUGUAAAAAGCCAAGCAUGCUGAAGAAACACAUUCGCACGCACACUGACGUUAGGCCAUAUGUCUGCAAGUUCUGCAACUUCGCUUUUAAAACAAAAGGAAACCUUACAAAACACAUGAAGUCAAAAGCCCACAUGAAGAAAUGCUUGGAGCUUGGAGUCUCUGUGACGUGUAUAGAUGACGUGGAGGGAGUCGAUACUGUUGAGGAGAUCCAAAGAGAUACUGGAAAGAUCGGCAUGCUAGAAAUGGCAGAGCACCAAUUUUCAGAUGCUGAUGAUUCAGACGGGGCUGAGGAAGAUGGUGAUGAGGUGGAUGAGGAUGAAGAUGAUGAUGAUGAUUAUGAUGGUGAUUCAACACCAAAGACACCCUCUCGAAGCACAAGCCCACAACCCUAUCUCAUCUCCUCACAUUCUGUCACUGCAGUCGCUGCAUCCCAUGACACUGCUCCUGAUCCAUUAGGCUCAGCCCCCAAGCAGCCACUGUUUGGAUAUUAUACCAGUUUGCCCACUAUUCAAAUCACUCAGCUCAUGGUGCCUGGUGAGAAGGCAAGAGAGAGCCAAAUGGCGGAAUACCAGAAACUGCUGCAAGGAGCUUUGGGUGAAGACCCUAAAAACAGACUGGAGAUGCCUAGCUCCAUGGAUGAAGACCCCGGCUUGUCUCCAGAGAAUAGCUUGUCUUCUUUUGAACUCUCCCCAUCUCGUCUGUCCUCACCUAGCUGUGACUCCUCACCUCUACGAGAGACCUCAACCAAUUGUAGGUACUUGUCUCCAAAACGAGACCUCUCCCCACGGGGUCGUUUGUCACCGAGAAGGGAGGCAUCCCCCCUUAGACCUCUGUCCCCCAGGAGAGAGAUCUAUAGAAAGGAUCUGUCACCAAGGAGAGACAUGUCGCCCAGAAGCCUCCUUUCACCUAGCUCCCAUGCGGGGUGUCCGGUGUCAUCUGCAAGAGAUCUCUCGUGCAGACGUGAGCUGUCUCCCAGAGGCCGCUACAAGGGCGUACUCAGACCAUUGUCUCCAAGAAGGGCACCUCACCCUCACAGUGGACCUUGGACAAUCAACCAGCAUCCUCAUAGAGAGAUAUCUCAAAAGACCAGGAGCCACUCUGAAAUGAAUACGAAUCCGAGGAAGAGUUGCUAUCCCCAAGGAGAUAAACACAGUACAGAAGCUCCCGCUGCACACCAAGGUCUUUUUAGCCAUCUUCCCCUCCACUCCCAACAACAGGUUCGUACAUUAUUCCCUAUGAUCCCAAUUGGUGGAAUCCAAAUAGUGCCAGGCCUGGCCCACCCGACUCGCCUUCCUCUCAAGACAAACACGUCAGAAGAGUCCAGCGAGGCACCUUUCCACUUCUCUGAGGGUUGUGAGUCUACCAUCACCCAAGGUCCAGAGGAUUCAGCUCAACCGCAAGAGAUGUCCCAAACAACUGUAAGUUCAGCCCCCUCACCUUCUUCUCAGAGGUCCAGGGAUGACGUUAAAGGCCUGAGCGACAAAGAGAGCAAACAAGAAGAAGGCAUCAUGACGUGCACUAAGGCCAUUGCUUCUUUGCGCAUUGCCUCAGAGGAACCCUUAGGAAAGGUGGCUGGUUCCAUCCAGCAGAUACAGCAGCACACAUUGUCUCAUUCUCCUAACAUCCAGCAAGAGUUCAGGCACUCCAACACAGAAACUGGUAUGUCUGCCACAUCAAAGGCUCCUGGAGGAGGCUGUCCUCCUCUCUACGUUACAGGGGCUACAGAGAGGUCAUCUGGCCAGCAGGGCCAAAGCAAGAAUCCAUCCAGCACAACAAACGACUGACAACAGCUGAAUAACGUCAACGUGGAGGACAUAACAGUACAUUACACUCAUACUGUAUGUUUAUACAUACACAUUCACACUCGAAUACUAGAGUGUACAUGUACAGUGUAGCAUGCCUUUUCUAACCUGGUUUGCUCUUUUAACUCUGGUUACUUUCUUAUUUAAAAAUGUCAGAGAAUUAACCUAUAUGUUAACUUAUACCUGUAUAUGAGCCUGACCAAAAUUUGCUUAUGAACUCUGUCUGGUACUCUAAAAUGUACAGAUCUGUGUGCCUUUUUUUCAUGGAUGCUUAUAUUCUUAUAAGCAUAUAAAACACGAAGACAUGUAAAUAUGUCAACCUUUGUGUAUCAGCUUUGUAUUAAAUGCAGGUUGCUGUCUUUUUUUGGACACCGGAGUCUAAAAUGAUGUGAAGUAUCAAUAUAUGUACGGUUGCACUAAAACAUAUUUUUAUAUGAGUGAAAUGAAAUGGCUUUUGUGUACAGCAUCAAUUCUAUAAUAAUAUUUAUUGUUAUCUUGUUUCAUAAAUUGUAAGAAAAAAAAAAUUUCUUAAUGUUGUGGAUGCCUUUGCUAAAGUAAAGCAUGGAUUUUACUAUUUGCAUAAAUAAGAAGAACAAAAUAUUAUACUGUAAAUGGCUUUCUAUUAGAAAUAUUCAUAUACUUCAAGCCAAACUUGUUUUAUUAGUGGGUUUUCUCUCUGACACGCACACACACAAUACACACACACACACACACACACACACACACACAUAUAUAUAUGUAUAUAUAUAUAUAUAUAUAUAUAUAUAUAUAUAUAUAUAUAUAUAAUUUCUUUUUACAUAACACGGUUUGGUGGUUGGUAGCUUUAAGUUCUGACCGCUCCUUUCCUGUCAGCUUAAUAGGCUACACACUAGUUGUGAUAUUGCUGCUCUUUUAUGUAGAACUGUCAAGCAUUAAGUGAAUCGACUUGUUCACUUCCUUUGAAAACAUUCUGAAAUGGUUGUGAAAUGUUAAUCAUGUCGCUUGGACUAUUUGUUUUAUUGAUUAGUAUGGGAAACAUUCCAACAGAUGUGUGUAUAUAUAUCGAAUGCCCAUAAUCCUGUAUACUCAUAGUCAUACAUACAUCGAAGGAGGGCCAUGCCAUCAGUCCACACACCUUUUUUUUUUUUU